AUGAAGCCGUACUUUGCGUUUUCGAUGACCCUGGCCGCCAUCGUGGCCUUCAACUUCGGUCUCAACACCGUGAGCUUCAGCGCCUCCAAAGAAUUUGCUAUCGUUGACUUCGAAUGGUGUAAGGAUGCGGAGAAGCCGUAUGAAUGCCCGAAGGCCACUCUCUACGGGUCGCUCAUUGGUGGAGGCUCCUUCGUGGGUGGAAUUGUGGGAUCGUUGCUUAUCGGUACCCUCUCCAAGUACGGACGAAGGCGCGCUAUGAUUAUCAUUCACGCGAUCAACAUUAUUGGCUCGCUCAUCGGCACGGCUGCACAGUGCUUCUCUAUGCUUUUGCUGGGACGCAUCAUUGCCGGUAUCUCCGUUGGUAUGUCGGGUCUGGUUGCCAUGUACCUGACUGAGAUCUGUACCGUCGAGAAGCGUGGAACUUACGGAACGGCGUACCCCAUGUUCAUUACCACUGGUCAGCUGCUCAUGAACGCAUGGCAGCUUCUGCACAUGCGCGUGCUUGGCGCAGAAAACGCGCCUCUAGGAGCCGACAACAUCACGAUAAAGGACCAGUUCAUCUGGAGGAUGGCGCAGUUCUGGCCUGCACUGUUCAGUGUGAUUGCGCUAGCGAUUAUUUUCCUUGUGGUCAAGUACGACACACCGCACAUGAUCCUGCAGGAAGGCAAGGAGGAAGAGGCUAAGAAGGUCAUCGAGAUGCUCCACGGCGCUGAGAAUGUGGAAAGCGUUUUCAACGAUGUUCGCGGUGACGUCGAAGCGCUCCAAAGCUCCUCGGCUUCGAUGGGUGUCGUGGCCGCAUUAAAGGUGCCAGCUUACAGGAAGGCCAUUCUCAUUAUCUGCGGUCUCUCCAUCAUGCAACAACUUUCUGGUAUUAACGUCUUCGUCGCCAAUGCUUCGAAGCUCUUCGUCAAUAUCAUGGGACGCACCUUCACGGCCAGCGCCAUGGCAUUGGCAGGUGUUGCAGCCCUCUUCCUCAGCACCUUCUUCCUAGCCUUCGUCGUUGAAAAAUUCGGACGCAAGACGCUACUCAUGUUCGGUAUCGGACUCUCGGCCGCUUUCAUGGUACCCGCUGUCAUCGUCAAGAUGACCGUCAAGGCCGAAUGGGCCAAGUAUGUCAUGGUUGCUGGUUGCAUCGGUUUCAUGGUUGGGUUCGCCAUUGGUUUCGGUGGUAUCAUGUGGCUCUACUUCGCGGAGGCGCUCGGCACUGAGUACAAGGACGCGGCUUUCGGCCUUGCUACAGCACUGAAUUGGUCCUUCGCUGCCAUCGUCGUCAUCACCUCUGACCCGCUGCUAGACUGGAGCGACAAUUUCGCCUACAGUUUGUACACAGCAUGCGGCAUAUUAGGUCUCAUUUUCGUAUACUUCUUCCUCAAGGAGACAAAGGGCAAGCCCCUGGGACAAGCGUUCGCGUAA